AUGGUUGGGACGAAGAACACCGCGUAUGCGGAAGAGAGCGCAGAGGUCGAGGUCCUGUAUGCGAACCUCGACAAGCUCAAGGUGCUCACGAAAAAGAUCCAAGGGUCUCUUGAUCGCCUGGAGACCAGUGGAAAGGUAGUGAAGGAUGCAAUUGGGCCAAUUUACAGCAACACACAAUCGCUUCAAAUAACAAACAGCAACAUUGACCGUGUGAUCGAAGCUAUCGAUAAGCUUAGGAAACCACUUGAUGCGAAAGGCCGGGAGGAAGGCAUUAUUCGGGCUGGACCCCAGAGUGCCGGUUUGUCGCAAUAUCUCGCUGCCUUGAAGCGAAUCGACUUUGCCCUCCAGAACCUAACUUCGACAAAUUUACGAUCUAAUCAACAAGCCAUUUCUGAAUUCUCGUCACUUUUGAGUAUUGGAUGUCAGAAACUGCAAGACCUGUAUCGUUCCUUGCUGAAGCAGAAUAUCGAAAAGAUUGAACCGUUACACUAUCUUACGAAACAACUUCCUUUUCCAUCUAUCCCCGAAGCGACAGUUGAGGAUCUUGGACCAAUCGCGGUCGCCAUCAGCUCGGCUGCCGCCCAAUUACCACAACGAGGAGUGUCGGAGGAACCAGCUAUUGCCAUAUAUUCCGAUAUUCGCGGGCCCUAUAUAACGUCAAGCCUGUCAAAUCUUGCUCUAGCUUCUAUCAGUACUGCAAAGAGACGUCCUGCCGAUGGGCCAUAUAAGCAAGGUACAAACGGAAUCGGGGUUUAUUCCUCUGCAUUGGAGGGAUUUAUCGUAGUCGAGUAUGAUACGAUUGUGAAAAUAUACACAGGAGAUCAGCAAGGCCGGGCAUUACAAGCUACAUGCAAAUCCUCCAUGGCGGAAUUCUCCAAGACCCUGCGAGAACUGAAUCAAUACAUUAAAUCCAAUCUAAUGACAGAUUGUUUUCUCGCCUUCGAAAUCAUCGAGAUCGUGACUGCGAUGUCGUAUAGAAUAGAUUCAAAAACAGGCGAACUGAAAAGUCUGUUCAUCGAGGCCCUCAGACCAGUACGGGAGACAGCAAAGUCAUCAUUAUCGGAGCUUUUGGAUGAGACGAAGAAAAAAGCAUCAGGUAUCACGGUUUUGCCGGCAGAUGGCGGGACGGUUCCUCUCGUGAAUGAAGUAAUGAGUUCUUUAACAACGCUGACUGGAUACUCUGGUCCUUUGGCAUCAAUCCUUACCUCGCUUGGUGACGGUAAUUGGAAGUCCAAGUCUGCGUCCGCGAGCACGACGCCACUAGAUGUCAGUCCGGACAGUCAAACUCUACUUUCCCAUUUUAUUCUGGAUAUGGUUGAAGCUAUGAUUAGCUCGCUUGAAUCCCGGGGCCGCAGUUUUUAUCGGUCAAAAGCAGUUCUUGGUGUUUUUAUUUCCAAUAUUUUCUGUGUCGUGGACAGAGCCAUUCGCGCAAGCUCCGAGUUGUCACGUUACCUUUCUAGUCCUGAUAGCAUUUCACGAAUCGACGCCUUCCGCAAACGCGGUACCUCCGCGUAUCUUGACGCCUGGCGUGAGACAUCACAGCAUUUGUUGGACGUCCAAUAUACCUCAAGAGGUCCUCGUCCCACAUCUAGCGGCCCCGUCGACUCUGCUCAGGUAGUCAAAGCGUUAUCCUCCAAGGACAAGGAAGCAAUCAAAGAAAAAUGGAAAUCAUUUAAUGCUGCCUUUGAAAACCUAGUUGCCCAGCACAAGCAGCUUUACAUGGAGCGUGAAGUACGUGGCGCGCUGGGCCGUGAAGUCCAGGCAGUUCUCGAACCACUUUAUACUCGUUUCUGGGACCGUUACCAUGAGAUUGACAAGGGCAGAGGAAAGUAUGUUAAAUGGGACAAAGCAGCUUUUUCGACACAACUUGCUGCUUUGUCUUGA